AUGUCACAAAAUAGUGUUUGCUUGAAUACGGAAUUACGAAAAUUAAGACCCGCAGAAUUAUACAAACUUGGGCAAAUAUUGAAUGUAUCGGAUUCAUGGAAAAAAUUAAUGGCAAUUGUACCAAAGGAAAAUGUUUCUAAUAUUCCUAAAUUUAAUACUGAACAUUUCAGUAUGAUUGAGCAAGCUGUACAACAACAAAGAAAUGCAGCAGAAAUAUUUUUAUCAGAAUGGGGAACAAUGGGUAAAAAUAGACCAACAUUGGGUAUUUUGUUAAAUCUUUUAGUAAAAGCAGAAUUGUUUAGAGCAGCUGAUUAUGUAGCUGGAGAAAUAUUAAAUGUGGAACUCCCAAAACGACCAAAACGUGGACCAGCAGCACCUAUAGAUAUUUCAGAAAACGUUAUAAGAAAAUUAUUGGAAGUAAGACAGGAACAUGAAAACUUUAAUUUCAGUGAAUCUUUGAUAUUUGAAUUACCUCUCGAAGUUGAUGAUAAUAAAACAAUUAAUUCUAAUCCAAUGAACCAUGUGAUAAAUAAUAGUUCUUUGGAAAGAAAUAUGCAAUCAACAAAAUUAAUUUCUUCAAAAGGAAAGCAUAAUGAAAAGCUGGUAGAAAAUAACGAUAGAACAUUGAAUCCAAAAAUGUCCGAUUUAAUGAAAUUUAGUAGUGAACAAGAUAUAGAAGAAUGUAAAAAACAAGAACAAAUAUUUGGACAACAAGAAAUAUUAUCUAAUGAAUUACCUGUGUUUUUAAAUGAAUUUGGUCAAACAACUAGACAGGCAGAAUUAAAUCAGGAAAUAUUAUCGGAGGAACUUCCAAUUUUUUUAAAUAAUAGUGCAAUUAUGUUAAAUAAAACUUUAUCUGAUUAUGAAAUAAAUAAUUCAUUGCAUUUAUCGAAUUUGAAUAUUAAUGAAAAUGAAAUAACUUCUACUGAAUUGCCUCAAUGUGUUGUUGAACUUUAUAUAAAUAAUGUAUCUAAUUUGAAUAAUACCGGUGAUGUUGAAAAUAAUGAAAAUGUAGUGCAAAAUGCAGUAAAUUCAGAAGAAUUACCAAUUACAGUUUUAGAAUACAACAAAGAUCUUUAA